CCUCGUUUAGUUGGUUCAAAUUUCAAAAACGACCCAACAACUCUCUCCCUCCCUGAUUAAUCCCACUGAUAAAAUAGAAAAGAACAAAAUAGAAGGCGGACUGAUAUGGUAUGCGCAUUGUUGAAGCGAGAAAUUGGACUGAUUCUCAAGUCGGUGUUGAGAUUUAUUGACAGAUCGGUGUCGAGAGCCAUGGGCUUUUUAUUUGGUUGUUUUCGUGCCAGAGAUGAUCGCCGGGGACCUCACCUCGUCUCCCAUUCAUCUCGACCUAAGCUAAAUGAGCCUGUGGUGUCUAAAAAUCGUUUGUCUUCUCUAUUUCUGGCUGAAGAGAGAGAAGAUUCUCUAUACUAUGACAGGAAAAACCGUUUUGCCGGAUCUCCGCAAAUCAACAAGGAACUGAUGGAUGAGACCAAAUUUCUAAAGGCCAGUGGCACUUCACCUGAGACGCCUUCUGAAAUUCGGAAAGCGUCUGAGAAGUUAAAGGCUGCAGCUCCUCUUGCUAAAGAUUCAGAGUCUUCAGAUUAUCACUCGUGGCUUCCCAGCUCAUCGAUCAAGAACCUUCAGUUGGAUAGGCAAAUUGAUCAGCUCUCUACUCCCGUCAAACUUGGUAAAGAGUCGGGAAACUCUUCGGGCUCUUCAGAGCACACACCUGUCAGCCGCAUAUCCAGCGUACAGAACGCUGGAAGGAUAUCUUUCAGCUACGUUGAAGGUGGUGAAGUGGGAAGUCCUAGAACAGCAACAGAUGUUCUACCCAAGAAAAAGUAUGUUCGCUUCGAAUGCAACCUUGAUACAUCCUCGUCUAAAGGGUCUUCAUUUGAAAAUGGGGGCCAAAAUUUAAGCAAGUUUGAAUCCCAAGGCGAUUUCAGUGUAACAAAGCCUUCUCCAAAACUAACUCCAUUAAAACUUUCUGAUGAGAUGCAAACACCAGGAACAGUUUUCCCUACAAAUGUAGAACUAGCAAAUGGGAAGACUAGGAUUAGGUCUCAGUAUGUGUAUCCAGUCCGGAAUCCAGUUGAGAAUGCCUCCCAAUGGAAGGUCCGCCUGGAAGAUGAUUCUAGUUCUUUUCAAGUGACGAGUCAGCUGAUGGAAUCUUCUGAGCAGCUGGAAAAUUCAACACCUAAAUCAGCUGGAGGUAAAGAAGCUUCGUCUGUGCCGGAAUUGAAGGUGGAAGCAAGCUUGUCUUCUUGGUUUAAACCGCGACAGUCCACCUGUGAUAAUGAUGAUCCAAAUGAUAGAACUGCAUCUAGAAAAAAUUUCCGUUUUGGUAAAACUCCUAUGGACAGGCCUAUCAUUGGGAUGGUUGCUGCUCAUUGGAAUGAGAACGAACCUUCUCACAUCUCCCCGAAGUCAUGGGAUGGGAAUGGAAUUCCAAAUUCAACUAAUAAGUACAAGGAAGAUCAAAAAGUGAGUUGGCAUGCAACAUCAUUUGAGGAGAGGCUAGAGAAGGCACUGUCUGAAGAGAGUUCUAUCUCACAAAAGAAGAAUAUCAAUGGGAGACCCAUAGUUUUUAAUGAGCACGAUGAAAGUGAUACUGCUCUUUCUAAGUUACAGACUUCAACGCAUUCCAUGUCAGUUCUUUCAUUCUGAUGAGCAACGGUAUCAUUUUGAUGUUCCAAUGAAUUGUGAUUUUAUUUAACAGUUGACGUGUCGAUAAUGCGCUCCUGUGCUUUUAAAUCUGAAUUGAAGCACCAAAUAUGAUGUUUUUGCUUUUUUCGAGCUUUGAAGCUGAUUAUGCAAAUACAGCUGUUAUUAUAGCUUUGUCAAACGGUCAACAGCAUUAGGAGCUGCUUGCAUUGUAAAUUCCAAUCGGUGAUGCAAAAAUUGACUUGUGAGUGGGAUUGCUCAUGUUUGUAUAUGGAAUCCAAAAUGUCUUUGCCUGGCCGUCUAGUUUGAUCGGACAAGCCCAUUGUUGCCGUAGCAGAUAUUUCUUCUUCUUUUUUAAAAAAAAAAAAUAUAUAAAUGCUGAUAUCAUUCUGAUUGGUUGUUCCAUUUAUAAAAAUUGAACAUUUAAUUUCAUUUAAAAAAAUAAAAUAUUAAAUUAUUUAUCUCAAUAUUUAUUGAUGAUUUUUUUUUCUUUCUUUAUAAAAUCAGAAAAAUGAUGAUAAGAUUAUUUAGAUUUUGUCAUUUUUGUUUUAAAGGAAUGGGCUCCAUUAGUCAUUAUGAAUGUAGUACUUUUUUAUUUUAAAAUUUUGUUGUUUGUUUGAGAUGAUGGAAGGAAAUGUAUUUUGCUUUUAUAUAUUCAAAGAUGCAUUUCCUCUGCCCCUUUAAUGUA